AGGGUGCUCCCAAGCGCCCAUGGCGCAAGCCGGGCCGCGCUGGCGCGGCUGAAGGCGCCAUGGGCGGCCCUGGCAGCUACGGGAAGGGCGGAUACGGCCCGCCCGAUGGCUACGGCAAGGGCGGGUGCGGCCCGCCCGACGGCUACGGCAAGGGCGGAUACGCCCCGCCCGAUGGCUACGGCAAGGGCGGAUACGGCCCGCCGGAUGGCUACGGGAAGGGCGGGUACGGCUCGCCCGAUGGGUACGGGAAGGGCGGGUACGGCUCGCCUGGAGGCUUCAAGGGCGGCUUCCCGGGGCCAGGCGGCGGGUACAAGGGCUGCUUUCCCGAGAAAGGCGCAGCCUUCGCGGGGUGCAAGGGCGCUGGCGCCAAGAGCAGCGGGGCGAGGCCCGGCGGGCCGAAUCCCUACGCCAACAUCAGGCACGGGAAGAAGCUCUUCGUCGGUGGCAUCGGACCAGAACUGGAUACCGGGGCGAUGAAGGCCUACUUCCUCCAGUUUGGCGACAUAUCAGACUGUGUCGUCAUGAAGGAUGGCGGCGGCCGUAAUCGAGGCUUCGGCUUCGUGCAGUUCAGAAAGAAGGAGGACGCUGUGAAGUGCAUGCAGGCGUGGGGCACCCACAUGCUCGGCGGGCGCUACGUCGAGGUGAAGCCCGUGGACGGCGACGAGCAGAAGCAGAAGGAGCGAGACGCCAAGGCCGCGGCGGGCAGCAGCCCGUCGCAGCCCAGGAGGUCGCGCUCGACGCCCUCGCCGAUGCGGCGGCGGAGCGACAAGGCGGCCAGGAGCAGCCCCAGCGUCAAGAGACCGAACAAGAGCAGCCCCAGCGCCAAGAGGCCGCGCAAGAGCAGCCCCAGCGUCAAGAGACCGCGCAAGAGUGCCAGCAGAGCUGCGCGACGCGGCUGCCCCGAGAUGGACGGAUUUACUGCCAUCGCUGCAGUCUACAAGGACGUGAGUGCGAAGGACAAGGAGACCCACCUGCCACACGUCCUGAAGAAGGUGGUCGAGGCGCGGGGGGAUAUGGAGAAGCAGAUCACGCGCCGGCGGGACUUCGAGCGACAGCUGCGCGAGUCUCGAAAGUAUAAGGACAAGCUGAGCGACCAGCUCUUCGUCCUCGAGUCCAGCGUCGACGCCGCAAGAGAGCGCAUCAAGCACGUGACCGACCAGCUGGAGUUCCUGGGGGUCCAGACGGCGGGCGCAGAAGGCGACAUCAAGCUACUCCGGGAGAAGAGUGCGGUGCCGUUCGAGGAGCCCCCUAACGGAGUUGUCUCACACAGCGAGGAGCGCCAGCGCGUGAUCGACCACCUGGAGGGGGAGCGGGUGCUGCUCAGCAGCGACCAGGUCGAGAUCGAGAGGGCGAGGAAGCGUCUCGAGGACCUGUACAUCAAGAAGGUGGAGGCUACGCGGUUACAGAAGCAGCUGCUGGAGAGGAAGAGGCAGGUGACGCAGGACCGCUCCCUCAUCCUCCACGCGAUCGACACAGAGCGCGAAGAGCUGGCGCGCAUCAGGGCGGACCGCAUCAAGAUGAGCGAGGAGCGGAACUAUCUGCAGCACGCCAUGGCCGACAUCACGCGCGAGCGGCUGAUGGCGCGCAACCGCGGUUUCGAGAAGGGCCCGGGGGGCUCCUCCCCUACAGGCACCCCGGGCUACAAGGUGCAGACGCCUGGAUCCAGGGGCACCGCGUAG